AUGCCGCCCGACCAUGACGUUUUCAUGCUUGCCGAAUGGCAUCCGCAAAGCUGGAUGCAUGACUUGCGCUCGUUCAUUGGCCACAGUGCGGUGACGCAGGUGUUUUUUGUUGGCUCUCACAAUGCGGGAACACACGGCAUCCAGAAGAAGUCGCCAUUUGGCCGAGACGCACCGGGGCCUCUCUACAGGCGCGCAAAAAUUGGUUCUCUGGCACGCUUUCUCGUUCGUGGGGUCAGCGCGGCCUGGGCCAAGUGCCAAGGGAUGAGCAUCCGUGCGCAGCUCGACCACGGCGUGCGCUACUUGGAUCUGCGCGUUGCGACCAACCCUAAGGACAAUGACAGGCUAUACACCACCCACGGUCAAAUCUCUGUGGCGCUGCGUGAGGUGGUCGAGGACGUGAGGGCGUUUCUCGAUGACCCCGCCUCCGCGAAUGAGUUCAUUGUGCUGGAUUUUCAGCAUCUGUUUUUCGCGGAGGGCGGCGAGGGGCCAGCCAACUUUCUCGCGGAGCUAGGUCAUCUCUCGAACCGCUUUAUACCUGCGGAGGUGCCGCUGGCAACGCCGCUAGCAAUGCUGUGGGGGACUUCGCGCGAGCAGCGUGUUUUUCUUUUGGUGGGCGCAAGGGCGAGUGAGCUGAAUUACCCCGCGGCGCGGAUUCGUUCCAGGUGCAUUGUGUCCCUUUGGGUAAAUCAGUCCUCUUUGAAGAAGCUGCUGCAGUCGCUUACGAAGCUGCUGCAUGCCGAUCUUCCGCGUGCCGAUGGUGGUGUGCCCCCCAAGCUGUACGUCACGCAGGCUGUCUACACGCCAGGCAGGAGGAGCAUUGUCAGGGGCUUCUUCACCAAAGCCUUCAAGAAGUCUGUCUCGAGCAUCUAUGAUGUAGCAGCGCGGCUGAACUCGCCUAUUCUUGAGUGGUUUUGUUCACUGAACGCCCCGACGCACAGAGAUGGGGACACGGUGGCGGUCCCAUCAGGGUUAAACACCCAUGGCAACAUAAUUAUGCUGGACCAUGUGGAACUGGGCCAAUGCCAGAUGCCCGGGGGCACGGGGGUACUGGAUGCGGUCGGAAUGUGUGUGUACCUCAACCUGCUACGUGUGUCACGCCUUCAGACAGCGUCCCCGGCAGUGCAGCCUUGGAGAGCGAUCAGCAGAGCGGCAAUGUCGCGGCCACCCAAAAAGGCAUGA